AUGCCCCGCCGCCGCAGACACCGUAGCAAAAACCCACCUCGAACACCAGUCCAGCAUCACCGCCAUAACACGUCCCACACGAGUACCGAACGAACCUAUACUCCUCCACCCCGACAACAACAUGCGUGCAAUAAACGCGGCCAACAGCACACCUACCAGCACCCUGGCACUUACUCUGCUGAACAAGCAGUCUGCGCAUGUCCCAGUUUCACCAGUGAGAGUCAUGCACAGCAACGCCCUUGCUUUCUGCAUUCUGCGUCCCUGCAAUGCGUGGGUAGUCUGUUUGGAGACUGGAGACGUGUGUAUGCGUGUGGUGUGCCGUGUGUGGAUGUGGAUGUGGAUGUUAGUUUGAGAGGUGGAACUGCUGCUACUGCUACUGCUACUGCUACUGCUAGCGGUGGUGGUGGUAGUGGUGGUGGUGGUGAGAUGUAUGCCGUAGCAAGAGCAAGGAACGAGGAAAUAGACAUGGAAAAAAGAGUCGACGACGUGUUCUCUUCACGCAAAACCGUCACGCACAUGAGAUGUACAGAUAGAUCCCACGACACGAGCAGCAAAAGUAAUAGAAAAGACGACGACAAUAAUUGGGAUGUCAACGCUUAUUUCGCGCCGUUUGGAGGCCACAAGUGGCUUUCGGGGGGCCGGGAAAGCAUGGUGAAGGAGGUCAAAUCGAGGAGGAGAGAUGAGUGGGCGUGUCAGUUUUGUGGCGUUGAAUGCUUUUGCUGGAGUGUUGCUGAGAGGGAGAGACUGACACUAAGCUUGAAGGGCUGA